AUUACAGAUGGCUGGGCUGAAGAGUCGGGGGUUGAGAGUGGAUUUUAAAAGUAUUAUUGGGCGAAGACUCCCCGAGGAUAAGGAAAUUAAUUAUUCCGUUCCCCUUCCAUUGAGUCCGUUAUUGAAUACUGGCCGUCAAUCGCCGGCUUCGCUGAGCUUUAAUCUAGAUUUUAAUUUGUUUAUCUUUUAUUAUAAAGGCAAAUAUUUUGAGGCGUAUCGAAAAUGGGUGUGCAGCUCCCUGGUGCCUUACUUCGCUCAUGAAGGGCCAGCAGGAUCCUCGAGCUCCGAUCACAAAAUAGAAACGAGGGUUAGGCCCUGCAGGUCCUUCUGCCAAUCCGUGGAACAACGCUGCCCUUAUCUACUUCCGGGAGACCGUGCACCUGCCUAUCCUACUCAGUACGCCGGCGAGCCUACCUUCCUUUGCAGAGAUCCUAACAUCCCGGAGACGGGCGAACAGGCGACGAGAGCCCUGCACGGUAACGAGGAGGAGGAAUGCUGCUUUCGCGUUUGUUCGGAGGAGCACCCUGGACUGGGUGUCUGCGCGAAUUGUACUGACCGCAAGCCUCGUGGACGUCGGUUUCUUGGCGACCCUCCCACAGCUCCUCACUGUGAAACUUCUCCUCCUAUUCAAUCUACAGGUCAAGCAAACAGUCUCGAGACGUCUUCGAUGGCGCCACCGUCGACCAUGAGUGCCUCCUCUUGCAGCGGCGGAAGCAUCAGCAUAGUCCAGCCAUCUUCAUCAGGCGGGCCUUCUUCAUCAGGCGCCUCAGUGUCCCUGGUCUACCUGCUGUGCAUCUGGGCCGUGGUUGUUUCUCUGACAACUGGGCAAACGUUGUUCCCCUGGAGUCCAGCGGCGACAACGGCGGCCACCGCGAAACUGGUGCUGCUGCACAGAAAUUACGUGCCUCGACGUCCCACCGUAAUUAGCCGUACGGAACAUCAGCAGAAACUAUCGCCAUCAGUCUAUCCAUUAACGCUUCACUUAAGUAAUCAUAAAAACAAUAUUAUUAACAUUAUUGCCAACAAUAAUGCUAUUGGUGAUAGAAACAGCAACAUAACUUUGAACAUAAACAUAAACACUAUGAUUAUAAUUAAUAUUAAUAUUAUAAUUAAAAUUAAUAGACAUAAAUGUCUUACAUUAGCGUCAUUACAGAUGCCAGCACAAUGUAAAUUAAAAUUAUUAUUAUUUUUAUUUAUAUAUUACCGAAACUGGUACUCAUCCUUCUCACAUGUGUCCUGGUGGUGGUCGUCGAGAAGAAGUUGGUUGAACACGUGGUUAAAUUUAUUACAG